UUAUUCCCUCGUCGAUUUGGGGGGAGAUAGGCUGAAAAGGCAGAAUGGCAGAUGGAAUGUCGGAUAUCGUAGCCGGCAAAGCCUUCAAAUGGCAUUGCAAUUCCACCUUGUCAAGAAGAAUACUUCUCAGUCCGCUGCCAUUGCGGCGGAACAUAUACUGUCCGGCUUAUUUUCCUCACCAUUCCGCUGACGGACGAAAUGCUCUUGUUAGGUACUAGUAUAGGGACGGUAGCCAUUGAAGGCACCCACUCCAUUUCGAUGUCGAUAGCUCCAGCAACCUACAAAACCUCCACGGAAACAAACCUCGAAAAUAACAUCAUUUCGAUCAGGACAGAGCCAAGAUGGCGCCGCCACAGAAAUCAGAUCAAGAGAUUGCAGCCGAAUUUACCUCGUACUACUUGCAGCGCGCCACAAAAGAGUUUGCCGAGGACCUCGACAAAGUGCGGGCUGCUGAUGACUUCAAAAACGACGCCCUCCAGAUCCUCGUGAGCGCGCUGCAGCAGGGAACAACUCUCUUUUCGCCCGAGGAGCAGAGGAGGAUUGUCAUGGCCGCGGAUCGUCCAACGCCCAAGCCCUGAGGGAGCACAUCACUCCAACAUCUCAACAUAAGCCCAACCUUUGCAGGUGCGAGAGGAGGCUCAGCGUAUCACACUAAGUAUCGCUCAACCGUGGGGCUUCAUUCUUGCUCCGCGGAUCCUUUGUUGAGGAGUAGCGAGUAGUCAAACCUGACACUCAAUACACGCACCUCAGUCAACUGUUGGCAGGGGAAGGGAGCCAUGCGGCCUGGGGAUUAUGGGAUGAGUCAUGUCAAAGGGGUAGUAGACCUAUGCCUCGUCCAGGAAAUAAAUCAUACACAUCCAAGGGAAAAGGGGGCCUCUACUUGUAUAAACAAAGCCAUCGUCUAAAUCUGGAGGACAUUUUCGCCUAGGAAAUGCAAUGCGGUUCAGCCGUCAGCGAUGGAGCAGAUUGUGAGAAAACCUCUGAUCAACGUUAAACGAAC